UACAAUUAAAGAAAAGAGAAUUCGUUUGAGCGCUUUAUAAAGUUUCACGUUGAUUGGCCUAGUUUCAAUUGCCUCUUGCCAUCAGUUUAAGAAAGUCAAAAACUCUUGGGUUGACAUUUCAGGCCCAUGUUUGCGACAUUCAGACCCUGGGCCUGAAUGGAACGGGCCUGAAUGACUGGGCCUGAAUGUCACCUUCUUGGGUCUUACCUUUCAGCCUGGGAAAUACGGCCAGGCAUCCGCAGCAGUUGCUUCAUCCGUAGAAAAGUUGAAUCCACCAGCCACACUCACGUGGAUGUACACGAGGACAAAGGUAAGAAGAGAUCCGUCCUACUAAAUCGAUCAACAUCGGUAGCACGUGACGGUAGUUUCUCAAAUCCAAGAGGUAUCUAUGAAAAAGAAAAUGAAAAAUAGGUUACAAAAAAUAUUCGUAGAAACAACAAGUAAGGAAAAGUUGAAAUUGAGACAGUGAUUGAUAAACAGGAGAAUCAAAGGUUUUCACGUAAUACACUGCAUUUGUGCAAGUCAUGCAUCAAUAGCAUCAUUAAAAUUUCUAGCAGGUUGCAGGAACAAAAGUAAUGAAUCAUUACCCAGGCGAUGAUACUGAGGCUAUUGCUGAUGACAAGUCAAUACCAGUACAAGAAAAACUUGUGCAUUGUAUUGUUACGAUGGCUGGCUCAGGCCUCAAAUCUGCACAAAAGGAGGUUACAGUGCCAACAUUUUGCCCCAUCGACAUGGGACUUAGCCUUAAAUGAUAAAUUCUAGUCAUAAACUAAUAUUUCACAGAUUUGUUAACUUAGUUUUAACUUGUUUUCUUAGUUCCAUCUGGUUAUAUUUGCCCGCCAAACAACAUGGAGCACUUGGAGAGCAUGGAGAUCGAGCCAGCAACUGUGGUGUCGGGAGUAAACCACAGUUGGUCCGACGACCAGAUUUCUGUAUAAUUUUAUUUGCUGUGCUUAUUUUUCGUGCAGCCACGUACGUCUCGAAAAAAGUGGGUUGUUUUGUUUUCUUUGUAAUCUCAAAUGUCGACUAUUUUUUAACUUGUAAACAAAAUGAAAGCAGACGCCACUAAGAUUUUUUAAGGUAUCGAUAUAGAAAUUAAAAAUCGACCUCCCUCCGGAUCAUAGAAAAAAUUUGCAUGAGACCCGCAGAUAAUCAUUUUUAUAGACUGUGAAACCGCCACAAUAAGACUCUCACAGGCCCUAUCAUGGGAAUUAGUAAACUUUAGCGAUGGAAGAUACCAAGCAAAUGCCAUUUGAAUGUCGUCAUCGAGUCCCUCUUAUUAUUUUCUCGUUCUUCGAAAUAACUAAUGAUUUGAAGGUCAAUGAAACUUGUACAGUCUGUUGGUAAUCAAACAAUUCCAGUUUACCGGGGUCGGCAUUAUUUUAAAUGAGUCGCCCAUGCCAUUAAAACAAAUAUAAUUUUUAAAAAAUCGAUUUCAAGAUGCCAACUGAUACAUUUGAUCCGCAGACCGGUCGAAAUCCUGCCAAAUAGUUUCCAGAUAAAUUAUGCUAGGAAACAAAAAAGCUUGUCUAGUUGCCUAAUUGGUUCACGAAGCCAGAUAUAAAAAAAUACAAGUUUUCUCAAGUCUUGGAAACAUUUGACGCAAUCGUCUAUGUAUUGAACAAAGAAAUGAUGGGGCAGAAGAAGAAGAAGCAUCGGAAACCGUAUAAAAUGAAUCUCCAGUUGUCUGUUGGAGAGUGACAGACCAAGUCGUAAUUGUGUUACUCAAGAAUCACCGACGACAUAACCCAACAUGUCCGUCACUUACAUUUGUCUACUAGCGUUAGUGUUGACUCCGUUGGUGGCCAAUGGCAGACCAGCAGCAGAGUCCAUCGAGUCCAUCUCGACCCCUAGGGAAACACGCCAGUAUAACAUGUCACCUGUUCCAGCAGCACCAUGGCUUAUGACACCGUAUGGGUUCCAAAAGCAAAUUUUCGGACGAUAUCCAUAUCUGGCGACAUCUGGGACCCCAGCAGCUCAGGUCCAGGAACGAUUUGCACUUGCUCUUCUGUUGAGUCUAUUUGGCGGUGGUGGUGGUGGUGGUGACGGUGGUGACGGUGGUGACGAUCGAAAUCCCUGGAAUUUUCGGCCCCUGGCCAAUUUCCAGCAACAAAUGGCCAAUCCGCAGCCGUUUUUCUGGCCGCUGACUACCGCGCUUGGUUAAAUAAUUAUUUUAGAAAUUCAUCUCUGAAUUAAAAAAUAUGAAAUUAAGAAAAAAUAAUUCAUUUAAUUAAAAAAAAAGAAAAUUGAUUUGUUUUCUUCUUCACAUUAAUUUAAUCAAAGCAAACUUCGCAAUACAAUUGUAUAACU